AUGACUGAAUUUAAGAAGAUACUGUUUUGUUAUUUCCUAGUAUUGACUAGUUGCAACUGUGUAAGGUUUACAAAUAAGGGUUUCAGGUAUUCUAUGGUUAAUAAUAAAUACUCCAGUGGCGAGCGUUUAUUGGAUGAGAGUGGUGUGUACUUUAAGAAUCUGUUAAAAGAUCGAGUUAACGUGGAAGGCGUCAAGGACUCUGACUUAAAGUAUUUUGAAAAUGUUAAAAAUCAACUAGCCAGUUACUACUCCUUAACUCUUCUCAACUAUGUCUCCAGUAAGUUCAAAAGCAUUGAUUUUUUAUUCGACACCAGUAACAUUGAUAAGAGUAACCCAGAUAAAACUAAUGGUAAAACCAAUAACACUAAUAUUACUACCACCACUGGUAAUGAUAAAGAGGUUAAGAGUGAACAAAAAGAACCUGAUAAUCAAAUGAGCACUAGAGUCGAUAUGAAUGAGGAUAUGGUUAAAUUAUGUAAAAUAUACGAAAGCUCUGUAGUGAGCACUUUACUACUAUAUUUACAGUUAACGGAAGAUGCUUUAAAUAAGAACUCAAACCAGUUGUUUGAGGAUGAGAGAAUGAGGAUGUUUGUGGAGCUGUACAACAGUCUGUAUAAUAAGAUCUACUCCGUAGUAAAUUUGAAUGUAAAUAACUUGAAGAUAUACUACAUUAACCUCUUCUUCAAGGACCCAACCAAUAACCCUGUUACACUAGUGGUUGGAAACUACAGUAAGAACCUCGGCUCCUUAAUCCCAAACAUCCUCAAGUUUAAUAACUUGAACUCCCUCUUGGGUUUUUAUAACAUAAAGUUAAAGGUUAGUUCUGAAAACGAGAACUUAGCCCUUAGCAAAAACGCCUUGCUGUACGAAUUAAAUUUAAUUUUAACAAAUAUUCAAAAACACGCUAAGUCGGAAGCAGACAACAAUUAUGGCAAGUCUGGCGCAAAUAAAGACUUGAUGAAGGUAAUUUCAAAACAGCAGAAGAAAAUAGAGAGAUACAAUAAUAUAAUUAGUAAGAAGGCCGGCGGGUCCCGUUUAACGUAUGUGUUCACUUAUCGCAUCCCACACACCAACUUAACACUAACUACUUCACACAUCGAUAAAACGAACAAUGUCGAGCUGUGCUGCAUUCCUGAUAAUCGGUCACAUCUCUUGGGGAGUAACGGAUUCGUGAAGGGACUACCAUACGGAAACUUGGGAAUCGACUUUAAUAUAACUUUUUAA